UUGGCCCGGGCUCAGGCUGCGUGGAAGAUCCCGGACGAUGCCGACCGGAGACUUUGACUCGAAGCCCAGUUGGGCGGACCAGGUGGAGGAAGAAGGAGAUGAUGACAAGUGUGUCACCAGUGAGCUCCUCAAGGGGAUUCCAUUGGCCACAGGAGAGCCCAACAAUGAGCCAGAGCUACUGCCCGGUGCUCCUCUCCCUGCCCCCAAGGAAGUCGUCAACGGGAAUAUCAAAACCAUCACCGAAUAUAAGGUAGAAGAAGACGGCAAGAAAUUCAAGAUUGUCCGCACCUUUAGAAUUGAAACUCGGAAGGCAUCUAAGGCUGUUGCAAGGAGAAAGAACUGGAAGAAAUUUGGCAACUCAGAGUUUGAUCCUCCUGGCCCAAAUGUGGCCACUACUACUGUCAGCGAUGAUGUUUCUAUGACAUUUAUUACCAGCAAAGAGGACUUGAAUUGUCAGGAGGAGGAGGACCCAAUGAACAAGCUGAAGGGGCAGAAGAUUGUGUCAUGUCGAAUCUGUAAGGGUGACCACUGGACAACUCGUUGUCCUUACAAAGACACACUGGGACCUAUGCAGAAGGAACUGGCGGAACAGCUGGGGCUGUCCACUGGGGAGAAGGAGAAGAUGCCUGGAGAGUUGGAGCCUGUGCAGGCAGCUCAGAGCAAGACAGGGAAAUAUGUGCCUCCAAGUCUUCGAGAUGGAGCGAGUCGAAGAGGAGAGUCUAUGCAGCCCAACAGGAGAGCGGAUGAUAAUGCUACCAUCCGAGUCACUAACCUCUCAGAAGAUACUCGAGAGACUGACUUGCAGGAGCUGUUUCGGCCAUUUGGAUCCAUCUCCAGAAUCUACCUGGCCAAGGACAAGACCACUGGCCAGUCCAAGGGCUUUGCCUUCAUUAGCUUCCACCGACGGGAGGAUGCUGCUCGUGCCAUUGCUGGUGUGUCUGGAUUUGGCUAUGACCAUCUCAUUCUCAAUGUGGAAUGGGCCAAACCUUCAACCAACUGAGGUCAUCAUGUUGUCUACCUACUACACAGUUGCCUGGAUUGGAAAAGGACCUGACUCUGAGGGAGGGGGCUGGAAUGGAAGCCCCCUACUGGCCAAGGGCAAUAAAUAUUCAGACCUGC